AUGGAAGUCGGAAUUCCUCAACGUCCAGUUGUUCCGUUAAACCCACUACGGCGCUGUUUUACUCCCCGCCGGCGGUCAACGAGGGCUUCUCUCAAUCCGCAGCAGAAAGGAGGGUAUCAAGGUUUGAAGCCCAAGAGGGAAUGGGUGGCGGAUUGGGUGUCCAAAAACGACGACGUUGUGCGGAGCUUGCCCAUAUACAUCGGCGGCGUAUCUCUCUUGGCCGUGCUCUUCAACCGAACACUCUCAGGCAUUGCUCCUGUUGCUGACGCCAGCAGCUCACAGUCGAGAACCGAUCUAUUGACCCUUGGGUUGGCUGUUACCAAUAUUUUGAAUGGCCUCGUGUGGCUCUCGAUUAAGCCUAAGUCAAUUUCUGUGGUUAACCCCAAUGGCGUGCAAUGCCAAAGAGUAUAUGACGGCCUUCCUGAUUCUGUGAUUUCUGAGUUACUAUGGGCAUGGGAGUCUCUUUCGAAUGCCACAUGCUGCAGGUCUCUUGUUAUCGUUUAUGAUGGCAUUUGCAUAUUGCAAAUUGGGUAUGCUGAUGUGUCUGACUCAAGCGGAGGCGAUCCUGUGGUUGUAGAUGCUGGCAAGUUGAUGAGAGGAUCUCUUUACAACGGUGUCGUAAAAUCUGGAUCACAAAGUUACUUGGCCAACCUCUCACUCUAUCCUGCCAAGAAUAAAGGAAUCGUGAUAUUUGGUGGGGACACAAUAAGAGGAUUCUCUACUUCCGACCAGGCUUGGAUCACAUUGAUUGGGGAGAAGUUAGACGCUACACUUGCUAAACACAAAAUCCCUAAGCCCUGUGUCCCAAACCUCACAAAACCUCCGGGCCCAGUCGGGCGGCUCAACCGCCUCCAUCCCCAGUCCCGGGGCUCGAUCCCUCGACCCUUCGUUCUGAUUUUCCCUCCAAUCCGCCACAUAUGUCCCAACCGUUCUAUAAAACUUAGCACUAAAAACCUCCCACACUUGGUACUUAUAGUGAUUGAUUAUUUGAUUAUCCCCACGCUUUGCGCCAAAUUCAGGUACUCGAACCCUUUCUUUAGCCGAAAAUGUUGCACCACGUUGAGUAGGCUAGGAUCCAGCGCAUCCACCCUCACGAUCGAUUUGUCCUCUCCGGGUUCAGAAGGCGACAUGUGUACCCGACUGUCACACCCUGCAUCGGAUGCUUAUCCUGCCCAGACGGGCCAAAACUUUAACAAGAAGUUCGUAUCUCGCCUACAUUUCUCGACAUGUUCGACACCAAUGCGCCAAGUGAAUUUCGGCCCACAUAGUCAAACUUUCGGGCCUUCUUGUGCCGGCGGGCCGAGUACGGGAAGUAGAAAUAUUCGUCCACGUCCAUGA